AUGAAUGGAUCUAUUUCAAUAAAUUGUGUGAAAGUGGCGGGGGCAUCAAAUAAUAAUGGAAAAGGGGGUCGACAAGCCGCCCCAGUCGACGUGGGAUCUCCACUGCUCGACUGGGAGGAAGGAGAUCAUUUCAGUUUCGAGGAUUCUGAACGUUUCGAGGAGGAUUCUUUGUGCAGCUGGAGCUCGGAACCUGAGAGCUUGUGCAACAACUGGCGAGGGUGGCGUAGGCCGAAUCUGCAGAACCCCUUCAUCCCGCGCUCUUCAAAAAAAACCGUUCAAGAAAAAACAGUAUCAACACUAAGUGAGCUAUCUGCCAAGUGCGUAGCUUGCCACAUCCCAUUUGAGUUGGUGGAGCAUGUGUACCCGCCGGUACCAGAACAAUUACAGCUUCAAAUUGCGUUCUGGAGUUUCCCUGACAGCGAAGAUGACAUCCGCCUGUACUCCUGUCUGGCUAACGGCUCGUCAGAUGAGUUUCAGAGAGGAGAACAUCUAUUUAGAGACAGAGCAGUCAAAGAUGUCCUGCAGAUUGGCUUCCACCUGUCAGCGACGGUGCUGCUCAACAUGCCGCGCGCGCAGUACAACGUGGCCGUCACGUUCGACCGUCAGCGAAUAUCAUCGUGCAACUGCACAUGCUCUUCCACUGCGCACUGGUGUUCGCAUAUCGUCGCCGUCUGCCUGUACAGAAUACAUUUGCCAACGCAAGUAUGCCUCCGAGCUCCAGUUUCAGAGUCCCUACAACGAUUAAGGAGAGACCAGUUACAGAAGUUCGCACAAUACCUCAUAUCGGAGUUGCCAAGGCAGAUCCUGCCCACGGCUCAGCGGAUAUUGGACGAGCUAUUAUCCGCCCAGCCUAACCAAAUAAACACGACCUGCGGCGCACCAGAUCCUACCGCAGGCGCUUCGGCUUACGAAUAUACCUCAUGGUUUCUUGACGAAAAGACUUUGCACAACAAUAUCAAUAAGAUUUUAGUCAAGUUCUGUGUUCCAGCGCCGAUAGUGUUUAGUGAUGUAAACUACCUGAGCACGAGCGCGCCUCCGGCUGCAGCAGAAUGGUCGUCGCUCCUGAGGCCGCUGCGGGGCCGCGAGCCCGAGGGCAUGUGGAACCUACUGUCCAUCGUCAGAGAAAUGUUCAAGAGGAACGACCGCAACGCCAUACCACUGCUCGAGAUCAUCACCGAGGAAGUCAUGGCUUGCGAACAGAUCAUAGUAUGGUGGUAUAGCACCAAGGCGGCGCUGGUGGCGUGGGGCGGUGGCGGCGGUGGUGGUAAGCACGGCGGCGGCGGUAGCAACUCUGCCGCACAACAUGCCUGCUCCUCACUCUGUGAUGAGGUGGUUGUGUUGUGGCGUCUGGCCGCGCUAAAUCCCGGAUUAGCUCCGCACGAGCGCGACACAUUGCACGAACAAUUCGCUCAGUGGCACAUGAAGGUUCUCGAUAAGGUGGCGAAGAACCGCAACAACCACAUGGGCACGUCAACAUCGCAUACCAGACACACGUCCAGGUCGCACUCUCACCCGCCCUACAUCAACGGAAUCAGUGAGAACGAAGUGUUCCCCGGUUUCCACCCUGCUAUGGAAGCAUGCUUUCUCGAAUGGGAUGACUAUCCCAUACCGGGGGUCACGUACACAAAGGACCUGAAUCCCUUGUACCACAGUCCUUUCACCAUCUUCAGACAUGCUGAUAAGCAGAAUGACGCCGUCCAUCAGGUGAACACAUCAAAAGCGGUGCUCAACAAUGAGAUGUCACUGAGCUACCGGCUGACGAACCCGGAGCCGUCCUCGCAGGGCCACCGCACCAUGGUGCACCGGAACAGCCGCAUCAACGUCGACCUGGCCAUCGCGGGACCGUCUAGCCAGCCUUGCGGCUCGGGAGAAGGACCACGGGAACCGCCGCGAGAUUCUGGCCCCAGUGAUGGAAAUCACUCCAGCGUAUCGUCUGAAGGUUUUUGUGAAAACGAGGAAGAAAUUUUACAACAAAGUGGGGGCGACACUGAUUCUCAAGAGUCAAGUUCUCCUCCUAUAUCGUCGGAUGACGCUCAACGACGGGUGUCGAACGACGAUUCUGUGUCGGACGACGACUGUAACAUGUACUUCUAUGACGCGGCGGCGGCGCGACGUGUCGCCGGCGAGGGCGCUAGCUCCAGUAAUGCUGUUGUUAAUACGUCAUCGAACACGGUGUACGGCUGGGAAAGCGGAUGGGAAAUAUCGUUCGCGCGCGCGGAAGGAUUACAAGCACACGGACAUGCGAGAGAGGCUUGUGCUCUCGGUGCAAGAUUGGCAAGGGAACUGCUUGCCAGGCCACCGGCUCUAGGAAGCUCUACUAGCAGUGGCGGCGGCGGACAUGACCCCAGGAAGGCAAGGAGGCGACACAACCCGUCGCCGCGACUCUGCGCCGCCAGCCAUCGCCUCUCGUGUCUCGCGUCUGCCACCCUCGCUAAAUGCGCCUUCUUGUGCACGGUCCUAGCAGAAUUCAGUGAGCAUCAUGAGUUAGCGUUCAGAGUGGGUCUGUUCGCGCUGGAGAUGGCCCGACCACCGGCCAGCACGAAGGCCUUGGAAGUGAAGCUCAACAACCAGGAGACGGAACUAGUGGCCUUGUUGAAGAAACUACCCACGGGCGCCGAACAACUGGCUCUUGCCAGGGAGAAAGCGGAGCAGCUUCGUGACGGCACGUUACGGAACCGUGGCCCAGCAUUACUACCUAUGGCGCUAGCGAGCUUCCUGUUCGACGUCCUAGUUUUAUCGGCGACCGACAAAGAGAACAAACAUCCUGCAAGAUUGCCCACGGACGAGGCACUGGGUUUCGAAGCGACAGUGGCGGCCUUAGGGCUGAAAGCGAACGUGUCGGAAGCCGAACACCCGCUCCUCUGUGAAGGCACUAGGCGGCAGCGAGGAGAAUUGGCCCUCACAUUACUGUCUUUCUACAAAGAUGAUCCCGUCAAACUUGCUAGGAUUAUGAAUAAGCUACUAGAUCGCGAGAUCCACCAGCUUACCAAGGGUCCGAUGGUGAGCAUGUACUACACGAACAACCCGCGGUUGGCGGCGUACCGGCUCGACGCAGCGCACGGUCCGCACGGAGCACACGCACCUCACGGGUCGCACGGCCCGCACGCGCCGCACGGGCCGCACGUGUCGCACGGACCGCACAUGCAGCUCGCGCCACACGUGCCGCACGUGCAGCAUAUGCCACACCCGCAACACAUGCAACAUGCGCCGCAUCCGCAACAUCCGCAGCAUCCGACGCAUCCUGCCCCGCCCCCGCCACAGAUUCUGAUGUUUGGUGUGCAGGGCGGAUGCGGGCUGGUGGGCGACAUGGAGCGGCUGGGCGCGCCCGAGCCCGGCGCCUCGCCGCCGCAGCCGCCGCACCAGCCGCACCCCGCGCACGCGCAGCACUCGCAGCACACGCAGCACACGCCGCUGCCCAGGCCUAAAGACUCUAGAUACAAGGGCAAACGCCUGUACCCGUCUGUACCGAACCAGCCAUCGGAGGCGUCGGCACACUUCAUGUUUGAACUGGCCAAGUCUGUGUUAUUCAAGGCCGGUGGGUCGUCGAGUACCAGUCUCUUCACACAGACAUCUUGUGCCAGGGAACACCAUGGACCGCACAGAGGUCUACACAUGGCGGCCUUCCAACUAGGCCUAUACGCUCUCGGCCUACACAACUGCGUCAGCGCUAACUGGCUAAGUCGCACAUAUUCUUCACACGUCAGUUGGAUUACAGGGCAAGCAAUGGAUAUUGGAGCACCAGCUAUCCUAUUCCUGAUAGACGCUUGGGAAGGACAUUUGACACCGCCUGAAGCAGCUGGCAUUGCUGAUAAGGCAUCAUCCGGUCGUGACGUGCACAUGGUCCGCGCGGCGGCAGAACUCGCUCUGUCAGUGUUACCACACGCGCAUGCGCUCAACUACAACGAGAUACAGCGCGCAGUGCUACAAUGCAAGGAGCAAAGCGACGCCAUGCUUGAACGUGCCUGCCUCACCGUCGAAGCGGCUGCUAAAGGCGGAGGGGUAUACCCCGAGGUGCUAUAUACAGUAGCGCGGUACUGGCACGAGCUGUACCUCCGUCAAGCCACCGAGGACGAACCAUUAGUCGAGGAGCCUCAAUACAGGGCGCCCCCGCCCGUCGCAGUACCCGUGCCCUACCCGCUGCCCUAUCCCUUCACGUACCAUCCUUACCCGCCUCCCAUAUACCAGUUACAGUACGGAGGCGCGGGCGGUCCUCACCCGGCGCCACAGUACGCGUUACCACCAUACUUCGUGCGCGGUCUGGUGGCGCCGCCGCAUCCCACGCAUGCGCCGCAUCCACCUGCUAUCGCUGUCAACCACCCAGCACCAAUCCCCCCACCGAUGCCAGCUUCGCACGGUGCGGUGGGCGGCGUGCCGGGGGUCAGUGUGGCCGGGGUCGGUGGGGUCAGCGGGGUCGGAGGGGUUGGCGGGGUCGGUGGUGUUCCCCCACCGGCGCCCGGCCCGCCGCCGCUGCCGCAGGCGCAGCUGAGGAGGUUACUAGCUGCAUACAGGGUCGGCAUGCUUGCGCUAGAGACGCAAGCGCGACGGGUACACGAUGAUCGGCCACAGAACAAAUUCGGAAGAAACCCUCCAUACGGAGACCACGUGAAGUGGCUCCUACGCAUAUCAAAGCGUCUCGGCGCGCAGUACCUUCACCAGUUCUGCGUAUGCGCUGUCAACUCCGUGGUGUCGCCGUUCGUACUGUACGAGCUGUGUGUGGAGUCCGCGCACUGGCUCGCGAGGGGAGGGCCACAUCAGUUGGUCAUGCAACAUCUCAGAGGCACGUUAGCGCCCCUCGUGCAGAAAUGUCAGCAGAUGUACAUACAAUGCAUACAUCAGAAGCUAUAUCACCUAACGGCCGUGGAAUACGAGGAGUUCGUAAGCAUCGUGCUGUCCGCCCGCACGGCGUUCCAGCUCACGCCAGAAGGCAACACGCAGUUCAAGGAGUGGCUCGCCUCUCUACGCAGGUCAAAGUCGUGCAAGAAGGAUCUGUGGACCCAACUGAACGCUGCGUUGCAGACGAACGGCAAAUGACGGCGGCAGCCGAUAGUUUGUACGAUGCGGUGCGCCGCGCGCAAACUGUCACACAAGCGAUGGCCGCGUUAUCGGCUCGUAUACCACCUACACACACUCUAACUGUAUUACACCAUGUGUUAUUUGUAAUUUGACCACACGCCAAACUGGAACUGCAACAACGUAACCAAGUUUACAUUGUUCGUUAACCCGUGUCAUCGCUGCUCAUAAAGCAAGGCAACAAGAUCCAGUGACACAAUAUCAACAUAUUUAUUAGUUACCGCAACAAUUUGCUCAAAUAACAAAUACGUUGCCAUAGCAAGUCCGCAUACUAUGUACUUAAAACACUUAUUUCAUCAGAAAUACGUGAUGCGUUUGCCUAAAUUACAAAUGACACAUUCUUUACCCAACUCUGAUUUGAACACAUGUCUCUGUUAGUUAUAAUUAAACACUCGAUUUGAGGGUAAUCGAUCUCAGAAAAAGAACAUAAUGUAUCGGUGAUGACAGAAAAAUGUUGCUAACUCCUAAAUAAUGAAUGUUAGACCUUUUUAUUUAUUAUCAAUCCAAUCGUUACACUUUGAAGAACGAUUGUGGCGUUGAGGAUGUUGCCAAACCCGGUCUCAAUUCGUGUUUAAAUUGUAUUAUUUACUUGUAAAUUUUCCUUAGUUCAUUCACUCCGUCAUUCCGAGUAACAUUGAAGGGUAAAUUUAAAGCUCAUUUUGAUGGUUGUGCAUAUAAUAGUCUGAGAGAUUGAGUUGUAAAAGUGGUAAUUGUAAGGCGACUGUUAGGCAUGCAUCGACACGGCUUCACUAAAACAGGAGUUUAGCAACAUUUAGCUUGUUUUCUUUUGUGAAAUCUGAAAUCACGUUUAUAAUCACUUAAUACUUUACAAGACUAUAACUUGCGCAGAUUUACAAAUAUCGAUAUCUCAAACAACUACACUAAAUAUUAUGCGAUCUUUAGUAUGUGCUAGAAAAAGUCUUUAUAAUUAAAACACAUAAUAACGGGUUAAACAAUGUAUAAAGUCUUUAUAAACACGAUUUCACAUUUCGAAGCUGACAGUGCAAUGUAACAUAUAUUUCAUCCUUAUAUUUUUACUUUAAAGCUAUACUUAUAUUUAUUUACACUAUAUAUUGUGGAUCUUUAAAUAUACAUUGCACGAAGUGAAUUCCCGUAAUUUUUCUGCUUAGCUUAAUUUGAACGAUAAUUUGACACGCUAACUGUAAACUAGUCAAUGUUUUUGAGAGACUGUCAUUGGUGAUCCAAUGAAGCUUCACUACUCUAGCUCAUUUAGUAUCUUUUUUUCGUAAUAGUUUAAGUGACGGUUUAUUUUUAAUAUCUUUGGUAAGUUUGUUUCUACCUGUACGGGAAUAACAGCACAAACAAACAUCUGCAAAAGAUAUUAAAUGAUAACUUAAUGAGGAAAAAUGUUAAUCAAUAACAGAACCGUUAUUUCGUUUAGAAUACUUUUUUUAUGAAGAAUAAACAAGUUUUAGUUUUGGUUAACAUUUCUAGUUAUUUUAGUCAACUUUGCGUGCUGGGUAGGCAACUGUUCAACUUCAACGAAUUUAUCCACUAAAUAGAGCUUGAAAGAAUUUAGUUUCAUUAAAGUACAUAAAUUUUAGCAAUGCAUCAUUUUCAGAUUAUAACUAAUAUUAUAAUCUUUAAUAAUUGAAUUUAAAAGAAAUAAAUGAGUUGCCUGCCCGGCGGAACGCGUCUAUCCGCGCCCACUUAGCGAAUUAUUUUAAAGAUCUCUUUGCGUGUUUCAGUACGCCCCAAUUCAUUUAUAUCACUUCAUGCUUUUAGGAAAUACAGUACAUAAGUAGCUGUUUUUUAAUUUAAUUUUUCGGAGUUAUCGGAGCAAAACAGAACUUAAAAUAUAUAUUUAAGACUAUGUGGUUGAAAUAAAAAUAUUUGUUAGGUUUAGAGACGGAAAGUAAUUGUUACGUAAUAAGGGUCGACGUUUAUUGCUCGACAAAUGCGACAUUAUUGUUGUCGAGUUAUAAAUCGUUACAUUGUCCGUGUCGACGAUCCUGACACAUAAAUUGUCUAAACGAGGGACGAGAAAAAAAUCAAAAUUGAUAACCAUAGUCCAUAUUUGAAAUUUGGCUUAAGAGUUUCAAGUGACCUAAAUAGUGUCAUUAGACUACAGAAUAUUAGGCAGAAUGUAGAAUGAUGACCGUCGAUACACUAUUUUUGAUAUUCUCUUGUCGAAAUUUGCAGUUUCAUGAUCGUUUACGUAAUGAAGUCUUACGGAGGAGUAAAGACGUGCGUUCGAUUAACUAUAGUACUUUAUUUACAAGUUUAUAUUAUUAUUAUAUUGUAAUGCAAAGUAGCGUCUUGAGAGCCUUUGGAGUAUAACUAUAUAAUGUAUGCGGCGGAGGUACCGGCAACAUCCGUUUGGGUCGACUGUAAACACGUUCCGAUGUCAGCUCGCUUAAAGUAUACAAAUUUGCAUAAUAGAAAAUAUUAUAUACAAGAGUCAUGGCUGAAUUAGUUUAUAAAAUGUAUAUGGAUCAAUAAGAUCUUCCAACUGUAAAGCAAUAUUGUAAUAUCAUUUUAUAUAAACGUAUUAAUAUAUUAAGCUAUCUCAUUAGCUAUUUUACGGUGUACACUCAUUUAUAUUGAGUAUUUUGCGAAUGAAAGCAUUGAUAUGACGGUAUUACAAUAAUUUUGUACGUAUUUAUUAUAUUCAGUAUGCAUAAUAAUAAAAUCAUAUCCUUAGUAUUGCUAUGUCGGACGGUUAUUUGCCAUAUUGAUUACGUAAUAUAUUGCUGGCGUGUCUAAUGUUGUGGUAUCAAAUGUAAAUGAUAGAGUCAACAAAAAUAUUGAGACGCAAUCUACGCACAUGCCUUAUUUAACUCCAAUAAUUGACAAGUACUAUUUGUACUAUGACCAGCAAGAUUGAUAUAACAUCACAACCCUGUCUAGUUAUAAAUUAAAAUAGUAAUAAGACAGUAUUUUGUAUUUGAUAUUAAUAUUGAAUUUAUCAGUUAAAGUACCCAAUUUUUUAAACCCAGAACCAAACCAAAACAAUCCACAACGAAAUAAAGAUUUUAAGACAUUGAAAAGGACAAUUUAACUUUACGAAGCAUUCGUAUGGCAUGUGUAGUUUUGGCGAAUAGUUUAUUGAAUGCGACUUAGGCUUUUUACAAGGCGGAUUCAUGACUAUGUGUGCUAUGUAUGGCGUCCUGACAUCGGAGUGGUAUACCAAUUUGCUGCCGGUCCUCACGUCGAGUAGUUUUAGUUCAAUAUCUUUAUAAAUUAGAUGUUUAUGUGCAUUCAUAAAAGUGUGGAUGUUUUCAGCAUUCAGUAGAUAGUAAAUUUUUAGAAUGCUAGUUAGUAUAAAUUGACAUUUGUAACCAUUGGAUAAAAGCUGCGCUGAUGAUAUUUGCAACUUGUGAGUGCUCGCCUGGACUGGUUUGCGACUCCACAGCGAUUUGCGUAGAUCAUUUGUUUCGGUCUAACGUUGUCAGCGCGUUUGCUUCUAAAUCUACUACCUUGUCGAAACUUCGAGUUCAUAAUGACUCAUAAAGUAUAGCGUACAUAUGUACAUACAUUAUAAAGUCUUUGUGUUCACAAAUCGAGUUCUUCAUUUUCAUAACUUGAAUUAUAUCAUGUAAAUGUUGUUCGUUUAGUUGUUCGUCCAGCAAGCAGAUUUCUUACUAUGAAAUAAAUAUAUGAUAUAUUUUAAAAAUAUUUUUUCGUGACAACUUGCCGUCCAUAGUUACGUUGCAUUACUGAUUUCGUAGUCUUCGUUCCGCAUUAUCCUAUUAGAAGGUCUAUCAGAUGUCCAAUACAGCAUAGUUAAAUUUAGCCUCUCGCUAAACAUUUUCUCUUACUACUGGUAAGUUUCAUAGGGAAACUACUUGUUCUUCAUACAAAAUUUAAUAUCGCUUCGACAUUUUGUCUCAAAAGAACUAUUUUUACACUUCAAAUUGUAUUUAACACAAAAAAAAGAUAAAUAUAUCGUUAGUUUGGUAAAUAUAGAUGGUUAGUUCGGGAUAUAUUUUAAUUAGUCGUUUAAUGCAUGUUUAUAGUUGUAACGCACCCAAUGUCAGGGAAGGUUUGUGAGGCGGUUCAUACAUGUGUGGUUUGUUUUGCAGCCUUUCGGCUCGACAUAUCAUUUCGAUUGCAUAUUUUAUUUCUCUAUUUUGCAGAAUUAUUCAUUCAAGAUUAUUAAAUCCAGAUGUUACCAGGUUUUUGGUGAAAAUAGUGUCGUAUCAAAUCCAUUUUUGGUAGUGGUUUUUUAUCUGUGAACCACAUUUGCAAGUUUAUUGUACUUAGGCUCGUUGAGUUAUGGACAUACAGACAUUUAUGUCUGACACGAUAUCACACCGCACCAAUAAAAGCAUGCGGUUGGCUCAUAAGAGGUGUAUUGGGAGAAAAGAGCCGAGUGCCUAAGCAUUAUUGAACAAAUAUCUAUAAUCCUCACUCCUUCAGACGUCAUUUGUUGUCGUAUGUCUCUUCCACAAUCUGUUUGUAUCUUCUUAGUCGUUCUAGUGAUUUGGUAUGUUCAGUUGGAGAAUGCAUUAUAAGCUCGACCCCGUUGUAUUGAAUACAUUUUGUCCUGUAAUACUCAAGGCAAUGCAUGGACACUACGUCACAUCACAGUUAGUUAGAGAUAUCGAGUCUAUUUAGUUCUAAAUCGAUAAUGCAUAAUUAUUUUUAUCCAUCUGGAUUUGUAGUUUAAUUAUACACUUUGUAAGUGUGGUUUCUCCGCCUAUUAAAGUAUGUAAUCAUUACAGAGUUCGAAUGGCUACUUAUUAGAGUACGUAAUAAAAUAAAUUUAUAUAAUGAUACUCUUUGUUCAUAUCGCAUACUUUGUCAUUUGCAAUUAACAAGGAGGUACAAUGGAUUAGAAAUGUCUUACGGUUUGUUGGUAAUUUUCGUACUUACGCAAUUGUUAGUUAGUGCUGCACAGUUCUGUCGUUCACGCUAUAAGUUGUAGUUGUAUAUGUCUACUAUCGAGUCUAUCGAUGCUCUCGCAGGAAGACUGACAGCUCCAUAAUGUAAUGGGAAUUUAUGCGGAGUCUUAAAAUUUAAUGCCCAGGAUGUCUGAAAACAAAAUGGCUUAGUGUGCCCUGUUUGUUGAUUGAUUGUGUCCCACUUAACUCGUUAAAUUAUUAGUUCUGAUCCACCACCUUGUUUUGUGACAUCCUGUUUAAGUAAUAGAAGUGCCCAUACGUUAUAAUAUAUAUGAAGUGUAAACUAUAGCACUAGACAUUUUUGCUCCGUUGUCGCAAAUGGUUGUAAGUAUAAAAGUAUAGUUAAUAUUAUUAGUAAAGUAAUAGACUGUUUGCACGAUUUCUGGUUUGACCAUGUCGACUAAUGUAUUGUUCUAAAGUUGUCGCUCAUGCAGACAUGCGUUGUUGUUCUAACACUUUGUGAUGACAAGUUUGACGCGUGCGGUCGGAGCCGGGCGGCCGCGAGGUCGGCCACGGUGCCGUAUGCGUCUUAUACAACAUUCGGCAAUUUACCUACUUGCAAUAUCUACCACUAUUAUAAUGUAUGUUUCCACCUCAAACUCGAAAUAUUUUGACCUCUAGAUAAUUUUUAUUAUUACUUUUACGAUUACACAUUAUAUUAAGUCUUUUUUGGCAACAUAUUUGAAGUAACAUUAUUUAAUUAUUCAAUAUAUACUUAUUCUAUAUUUAA